CCGCGCCCAUCCUCAGCCCCCCGCAGCCAGCCUCACCUCCCCGCGGGCAGCUGAUUAGUGCCGGGGAGGCUCUGGAAGCGAGGAGCGGGAAGAAGGCAGGUGCAGUCGGGGCCGGACGCAUGGAGCUGAGCCUGCAGGCGAGCGGGAGGAGUCUGGGAGGCGAUCCGCGCUCGUGGGCUGGUGGCUGGAUACGGAGGGGCGGGUCCCUGCGUGGGGCUGCAAAGUGAGGGUCAAUCGAGUGCGACCCGGCCCCGCUGGGUCUCAGUGGCUGCGUCUGCACCAUGGGCAGACUUUGUCCCAACGUCGCUGCGCGGAGCUGGCCCGUGUGAAGGGACCGCUUCCAGUUAACGCACAGCUCAGUGCGCCUGUACUCGUUCCGGAGCCGGGACCUUCCGCACGCGGGGUUGGAGCGCCGUCAGUCCCCGGCCCCGCAGGCAGCAUGGGCCGUGAAGGAGCCGCCUUGCGCGCCCUGCCUUCAGGCCGACGCCUGUGGGAGGCAAGCUCCGCUCUGUUCACCGCCUCAAUCCUGAGGCCAGAAGCACGGCGUCCGCGGACUGCGCAGGUGGAGGCGCAGCCCCUUUGGCUCCUCCGAGGCGCCGUAGGCCUCCGACGCUGAUCGGUGCGCCUCGUUUUCGGCUGGACAGCUGUCCCCCAGCUCCUGAUGGAGGACAGGAGCUCCCCGGCCCUGGAGGAGGACCGCAGGCGCCCGGGCGGCCUCUCUGUGCCGGCACCCCCGGAGGACCUGGCUGCGCAGACCACCUCUGAGCCCAGCAAGUCCCUGUCCGCGGCCCGCAGACACCUGAGCAGGAGGAAUGGGCUGUCGAAGCUCUGCCAGAGCAGGAUGGCACUCUCGGAAGAUGGAUGGAGCUCCUACUGUCUGUCAUCACUGGCUGCCCAAAACCUUUGCACGAGCAAACUGCACUGCCCGGCCGCCCCGGAGCAGGUGGACCUGGCCAGCCCCCUGGGCAGCGCGUCCUGCUGCUCCCUGCUGCGGGGCUUGCCCUCAGGGUGGUCGGCGCCGCUGUUCCCGGCCCCCGUGUGCAAUCCCAACAAGGCCGUUUUCACUGUCAACGCCAAGACCACCGAGAUCCUAGUGGCCAAUGACAAAGCCUGCCAGCUCCUGGGGUACAGCAGCCACGACCUGAUUGGCCAGAAACUCACGCGCUUCUUCCUGAAGCCGGACUCCCAUGUGGUGGAAGCCCUCAGCGAGGAGCACGUGGAGGCCGAUGGCCACGCCGCCGUCGUGUUUGGCACGGUGGUGGAUGUCGUGAGCCGCGGCGGGGACAAGACCCCGGUCUCCGUGUGGAUGAAGAGGAUGAGGCAGGCGGGCAGCCUCUGCUGCGUGGUCGUGCUGGAGCCCGUGGAGAGGCUCUCGGCCUGGGUGGCUUUCCAGAGCGAUGGAGCCGUGACGUCCUGCGACGCUCUCUUUGCCCACCUGCAUGGGUUCGCAUCCCCGGAGGCGGUGGUCGGGCAGCACCUCGCAGACCUGAUUCCUUCCGUGCAGCUGCCGCCUCCCGGCGAGCAGGUCCCCGAGAGCCUCAGGAUUCAGAGGUCUGUGGGGAGAGCCAAGGACGGCACCACCUUCCCUCUGAGCUUGAAGCUGAAGGCGCAGCCCCGCAGCCAGGAGGCCGCAGACGGGGUGGCGGCCCCCGGUGGGGGCUACUGGGCGUCCGUCUGGGUGUUCUCCACCAUCAGCGGGCUCGUCACCCUCCUGCCAGACGGGACCAUCUGCGGCAUCAACCACAACUUCGCGCUGAUGCUCUUCGGCUGCGGGAAGGCCGAGCUCCUGGGCAGGAACAUCACCGUCCUGAUUCCUGGUUUCUACCGCGCCAUGGACCUUGCCUGUGACGGCUCCUUACCGCUGCCGGACCUGGCCCCCUGCCUGAGCGCCGGCAGCCAGAGAGGGCUUGGGGAGGCGAGCGGGGACCUCCUGCAGGGCCGGGACCCUGCCGGCACAGCCGAGGAUCCAGGGGAGGACGUGGAGACCACAGAUGCAGCGCAGAGCCGAGGCGCUUCCCCGGGGGCCUGGGCCCAUGCGGACGCCGGAGGCCGCCCCCCCGCCGCCACCCUGCAGGUGCUGCCCACGCUGGGGACGGGGCUUGCCCCAGAAGAAAGCCACCCAGCCCACGGCCAGCAGUCGUCGCCUGAGGACCAGCAAGAAGGAAGCCCGCCAGCCCAGGAACAGUCACUGCCCGAGGGCCAGCAAAACGUGCCAGCCGGAUGCUGUGGCCCAUGGCCGCCCCUCGAGGAGCAGCAGAGGCCUGCCUUAGAGAAGCAGCAGCUGGCAGCAGCAGAGCACCACAGGCGGGACCUUCCGGGAGGAAACAGGUCUGACCCAGUGGCUGCAAAGCCAGUUGCUUCCCAUGAGGAUUUGGGAACCCCAGUCCCAGCUUCGAGCAGGAGCGGUGAUGGCGAAACGUGUGGCCUGUGUCUGGAGGCGCAGCCGGGCCCUGGGGGCUCAAGCGGCGCCAGCAGUUCCAACCGUGGGGCUGACGUGGCUGAGAGCCGGCCAGCAGGGGAAGGCCCCCGAUCCGAGGGGGAGUGGUGCGCGGGGCGGGGGAGCCUGGGCCCGGCCCCCUGCCCCCCGGGGACGGUGUCGCGCUUGUCCUCGACGCCUCUCUUGGAUGGGCCGUGGCUGGAGACCGAGGAGCACGGGGAGGAGCUGCAGAUGGGCUUGAUCAAGGAGCAGCUGUCCAUGCCGAGCUCCGUGGGCCCUCGGGGCACCACCUAUGCCGAGCUGGUCCUGGCAGGGCGGUCCCCGGCCUCCGCCUCUGUGUCUUUGUGUGACCCAGGGGGCACCAACCUGCACGGCGGCCGCUCGGGCAGCUCCUCCGCCUGCUAUGCCCUUGCCACCGAUCUCCCGGGUGCCCUGGAGGCCGCCGAGGCCCGGGAGGCGGGCGAGAACUCAUUUUUCUGGAAUCUCAAGGAGCUCUCUUUGAGCGAGGGGACAGACUGGACGCCUUCGAGUUGCUCGUGGGCUACGUCGGAGCGCAGGGGGACAGCCCCGCCUUCGCUGGCGGGCUCUGACGUGGACGUGAGCGGCUCUCGGGGGCAGAGGCCAGAUGCCCUGGACGACAGGGAGCGGUUGCUGCUGACUGGCGCUUACUUCGAUCUCGGUGAAGGCCGGCGGUUCCGGGAGAGCUGCCUGGGGCGUGACGGGGCAGGACCGUCUGCGAUGUGCUUGGUGUCCUCGGAGCAGUACGCAGCGAGUGGCCGGGAGUGCCCAGGCUGUGUCUCUCCUGUGUUGGGCGGUGGCCCCACAGACGUGUGCCCAUCAGAGGUGCCCAGGCUGAGCCCCCAGGUCACCUCCACACCUGUGAGAGGGAACAGCUCUGCGACGCUCAGGGCCACCGGCCUGCAGCACGAGAUCCAGGAGGGCACCUACGUGGGAAGCUGUUACCACUGCGACGGCUCCCAGCUGAGCGUGCAGUUUGAAGUGAAGCGGGUGCAGCUCCAAGGCUCAGCCACCCUGUUCUGCUGCUGGCUGGUCAAGGACCUCCUGCACAGCCACCUGGACUCGGCCCUGCAGAGCCACCUGCUCCUGGCCAGCCUUCCCAGCUCCGCCCAGUCCACCUGCGAGCCACAGGUGUCCGGUAUCGGGGAGGCGCUUGGAACCAAACCCUGGUUUGAGGAGCACCCCCGGGCCGUGCAGCUGGAGGGGCUGGCGGCCUGCGAGGGCGCCUACUCCCGCAAGUACAGCACGCUCAGCCCGAUCGGCAGCGGGGCCUUUGGCUCCGUGUGGACGGCGGUGGACAAGGAGGCCAACAAGGAGGUGGUGGUGAAGUUUAUCAGGAAGGAGAAGGUUCUGGAGGACGGCUGGGUCGAGGACCCCGCGCUGGGGAGAGUUACCUUGGAGAUCGCCAUCCUGUCCAGGCUGGAGCACGCCAGCAUCAUCAGGGUACUGGAUGUAUUUGAAAACCAGGGGUUCUUCCAGCUGGUGAUGGAGAAGCACGGCUCCGGCCUGGACCUCUUUGCCUUCAUCGACCGCCACCCCAACCUUGACGAGCCCCUGGCCAGCCACGUCUUCCGGCAGCUGGUGUCGGCAGUGGGGUACCUGCACGCCAAGAGCAUCGUCCAUCGGGACAUCAAGGACGAGAACGUCGUCAUCGCCGAGGACUUUUCCGUGAAGCUCAUCGACUUCGGCUCGGCGGCCUACGUGCAGAGCGGCAGGCUCUUCUACACCUUCUGCGGAACCAUCGAGUACUGCGCCCCCGAGGUCCUCAUGGGCAAUCCAUACCGGGGCCCGGAGCUGGAGAUGUGGUCGCUGGGAGUGACACUGUACACGCUGAUCUUUGAGGAGAACCCCUUCUGCGAGCUGGAGGAGGCCGUGGAGGCCGUGAUCAGCCCCCCGCACCCGGUGUCGGACGAUCUCAUGAACCUCAUUUCCGGGCUGCUGCAGCCUGUCCCCGAGCAGCGCACCACCUUGGAGAAGCUGGUGGCCGACCCCUGGGUGACGCAGCCCGUGAACCUGGCUGACUACACCUGGGAGGAGGUGUGUCGAGUGAACAAGCCAGAGAGCAGCGUUUGGUCCACCGCCAGUCUGGAGACGGAGGGCCGGAGCCCCAGUGCAGUGGCCGGGACCCCGGAGCUGCCCGGGGCCGCGUGCGCCAGGGCUGGCCCCUGACUGCUGCCCAGCCCGGCUUCCUGCUCUUCACUCGGAAGCUUCCAUUCUGAGAAUAGAUCCUCCGGGAUUGGCUCCGUUCACCUUCUGAAAACUCAUUCGAUAUGCAAGCUUGAUCAAUGUUAGACCAAAAGCCAGUGAUACUCUGUUAUUUUAGGUUCGUAAAAUAGGCUUGGAAUCCAUUUUUCUCAUGACCUCGAAAAAACAUUCUGGCGCUCAACUGAGUUUUGUCCUGUUCAAGUGCUUUUAACCUAGGAACUUACUUCUAAAGGGCACGUUCUGUUUAUACACAUGUCUGUGUUGUCUUCCCUUUGAGUUGGCGGCUGCUCGUCUGCUCUGUGGACCCUGUAGAACUGGGUAGCCAGUGACCAGAGCAUUUCAUUAAUUUAUUUCCUGAUCGUUUUCCAAAUUAAAGCAAUUCUGUUAGUAAACAA